AUGACAGCCGGAGACGUCCUCGCCUCUCCCGAGGAAGAGAAGGACGACGCCACAGACGCCGACGCAAAACCGACACGGGGCGCCGAGGCAACUGAACUUCUUCAGAGGCGGCCAGACGCGUCGCCGGAUCCGGCUGUGGCGACAUCUGUUUCAUGCCUGAUGGACGCGAGUCUGAAAAGUGAAGAGACUCGGGCGCAGUGGCUGCUCGGGACCUUCCGAGCCGACGCGGCCGGCUUGGCCGCCGCUGUCGGGGAUGAUAAAAAGAGUCUGAUUGCCCUCUUCCGCGCGACUGCACUGCACAGGCUAACCCGCCAGAGAUGGCUGCUGAAGCCUCUGAAGGCGAAAAUCAUUCAAAACAUCGAGAGCUUCCACGUGGACGAAAUUGCGUGUCUGGCCCGCGCCAUGCAUCAGGUUGGGUACCUCAGAACGGAUUUCCUGUACGCGGCGUCGACGGCGAUAGCGAAGAACGCACAGGUGGCGUCGCCGGCGAGUUGCUGUUUGCUUCUCGAGGCCUUCGCUGCCCACAGGCUGCAGUCAGAACAAGCAGUACGAGCUCUCUGUGGGCAGCUGCGGCACCACGCCAUACGGGGGCUUGCGCCGCCGCAGCUGGCCAGCGUCAUCAGCAGCCUGGCGCGCCUGAACGUCAGGAACGCCCAGCUUCUGGCAACCGCCAGCAGCAGGCUGUUGUGUCUGUGGAGCAAUCCAUGCGCGGCCUCAGAGUCCGGAAGAGAAGCACCGGCGCCCCUUGGCCGCGCUGACGGUCUCGCGCGCCCCACACGGGCGACAAAACCCGAACGCAGGUUUUUCCCCCACGACGUCGCACAAGUCAUUUAUGGGCUGACAAAGCUCCAGUGCAACCACCCGUUAAUGGCGUUCGUGCUGCGCGACAUCUUACCGCAAGUUGUUGGCCGCAUGCACUCUCACCAGCUGACAAUCACUGCUGUGGCGAUUCAACGACUGCGAGAGCACUCACGCGCGGUAGAUUGCAAGUCUGGCGGGACGUGGCCGAGCGACGCCCGAACGGCGGCUGAGCCCCACGUUUCAGGCGAACGGAUGCGAGGCGUCGACUGUCCCGGUGGUACCGAAAAGCAGCGGACACUUGAGCUACUUCAAGACAGCGCAUUUGGUCUCGUGGUGAACGAGGUCGCAAAACGCCUUCCGCAAUUUAAAGCCGAAUCGAUCUGCAUGGUUUUACGCGCUUGCGCGGCAUUGGGUGUUAAGGAUAACCGGCUAAUCGCCCGGCUGGUUGUCCAACUGCCGCGGCUUCUCUCAACCUUCGAUCCCGACGACGUCGUAGUCCUGACCGACUCACUGGCUCGACUGGGUCUGCACAGCGGCGCGAGCGUGGACCUCAUUAUUCUUCACGUCCGGCAAAAUAGCAAUCGCUAUAAGCAGCGUCAUCUGCAAGAUCUUCUUUUCAGUUUUUCCAGGGAAGGCAUCGUUGUUGCUGAAUAUCUUCAGCUGUACGCCAGCAGCACGGACUUCUCUCGGCUCGCCCACUCCCAAGCCUUGAUCGCGGUUGCCUGUGCGCUGACAGACUGCGGCUUUCGGAAUUCUGUCGUCGUCCGCAGCAUGUCCAACGAGCUUCGAGCACUGCUGCCGGUGUUAUCACUAGAUGAUCUUAGCAACGUCCACGCAGCCUUUGUUCUCCUAGGCGUGGGGGACUAUGGUAUCGACCUUCACGAAAUCGUGGAACAUCUCUCGCAAAGGCUGCGCAGUGGCGUGCACAACAGCGCUGAAGAGAGAGGAUGUCUAGGCACAAGACCGCUCGUAGACGCUUCGCCGGCUUUUCCGUCCAUGGAAAGGAAGAACGACGUUGCUAUAGAUUCUCCUCUCGGCCCGGAACCAGGAUCUACGGACUGCGUGGCUUUCUCUCCUGCAUGCACUCCACAGACACUGUCUCUUUCGGCAGCGCUGAAUUUAACCAUUUCUCUUUUACUAGUUGAGGGAGGGAGUGGCAGAAGUGAUGGCCGGCGUUUCAGGGAACAGGAGAAGAUGCAGCGUGAACGGCAUGAAGCCGAUUUGGAAUGUCUUCGUGAGGGGGGUAUCAGACUUCCUCUAGACCCCGUUCUCCUGUCAAGCGAUAUUGCCGUCUUCUGUGAGCAACUUCGGUCCCAAUCAUCGGGCGACGCCUCCGAGUCGUCCCUUUCCGCCCCGGGAAAGGAUGCUCCUUCCUCUUCCUUUCUGUCUGUGGAAGAACAGCGGAAACUGGCGCUCCUCCGAGCUGCCCUGCGGCUUCAUUUCGAGAAUGACCAUGCACGACACCUCGACGGUCGCCGUGACGAAAGGGUAGCACUGGCCAUGCAGGUCGUCGAAAGGUUAUCCAACGUGGUCCCCUCAGUGGUGAGGCAGCCGGCAGCAAUUCCUUUCCGCCUGCAGUCAACCGUGUCGUGCACGUCCCCGCUCCGUGUUCGACUCGGGAUCGGUCGGACGCUGCGGCCUGGCGACGAAGGGAAGAGCCUUCCGGACCUCUUUUCCCGUUUCCCGUCUGCAGGGGACAACCCUGCGGUGGGGCAGCCCGACAGGAGCGCCUCAGCUGAGGCGUGUCGGGGGUCCGCUGUCGCCGGUCAUCGCCAGUCAAGCACAACGAGAGCCGCGGAAGAAAGCAAGGCUUCUGAACUGCAGUCGAGGGCUCUGAGGAAGGUGCCUGGUCUUCACGUCCCAUUUUUGGAGUCGGGCAAGGAACUGGACUGCGAGUCUUCUUCCGCUUUCGCAUCCGAGAGGCCGAAGGCGCCGCUCGAGCCGAGGACGGAAUUCCCCUGCCCGUACAGAAGCCUGUCCUUCAUCGAACGGAGCACCCAGUCAGGCUUGGCGGCUGUCCAGAGCGUCCUGCAGGAGUUCUUCGGCGUUGGUAGCACCAUUGUGGACGCGUGUGGAGGCUUCUUCCCAGGGAACCAGACCACCCGCAGCAGUCACCCCUUGGCGCCGAGGGCCGCCCACGCCCAGAGAACCGCCGAGUCUCACACCAGCGACAGCUGUACUUCCAGGGACAAAAAAAACGCACAGAGAGAAAACCCACGGAGGGACGCGUCGACGAAGGCAGGCGACUGCUCGCCAACGGGCGCGGGCGAGCAGUCACUGGCAGCGAGACAAAAUCCGUACACCGGGUAUCUUUAUCUGGGACCGGAGGAGACCCAACGCCUGGAGGCCGCGUUUCACAGCGCGACUUCCUUCUCUUCUUCACUGCGUGUCCAGAACCGGAAACGCCAAGCGGUAAAAGAGCAGCCUGACGCCUGCACAGAGAGGCCAGUCCAGCCAAACAGCGCCGUCCCUUCGCCCGUCCCGAGGCCGUCCCCCAACGGCGUCAUUCUCCUGUGGGGAGACGCGCAGCAUUUCUGGCACGGCGGCCCAAGGAAGCGCGACGCACUGGGAAGAUCUUCACGCAACCCUGGCGGGAGUGAACAGAGAGCCGACAAGCAGGUUGACGUCGUCACUCGCGCUUCAUCCAACGAAUAUGCAGUAACGCCGCACCGAGUUUUUGAAAACAGCUUCUUCGUCUGA